AUAACGGAUUUUCCAUAAAGAAACAUUGUUUAUUUUUUUAAUUGUGUUAAAUUUUAUUUGCCAUUCACAAUGCCAAAAAUUGAUGCAGAGACACAAAAACUUUACGACGAGAUUAAUGGCUUGAUAGCAAAGUUUAAGGAGGACCAAAAGUCCAAGGCUGAUUGUUCGCUGGGUGACAAAUGCGGGGAUAUGAGCGAUGUCUCCAAAAUUCGUUUCUCGUCGAAAAAGAUUCUCAAAGGUCACAUCAAUAAGGUGAAUUCGGUACACUUUGCUGGCGAUUCGCGUCACUGUGUCACAGGCUCUCUUGAUGGCAAACUAAUCAUAUGGGACACUUGGACAGCCAACAAAGUGCAGAUUAUACCAUUACGAUCUGCAUGGGUUAUGACCGUUGCCUUCUCACCAUCGGGCAACUUUGUGGCCUGUGGUGGCAUGGAUAAUGCUUGCACCGUCUACGAUGUAAACAAUCGUGAUGCAUCUGGUGUGGCCAAAAUGGUACGGGAAUUGGUCGGCUAUGAGGGUUUCCUUAGUUCUUGUCGAUUUCUUGAUGAUGGGCAUUUAAUCACCGGUUCGGGUGAUAUGAAAAUUUGCCAUUGGGAUCUGGAGAAGGGCGUCAAGACAAUGGAUUUCAAUGGACAUGCAGGUGAUAUUGCUGGUCUAUCGCUAUCGCCCGAUAUGAAGACCUAUAUCACUGGCUCUGUGGAUAAAACUGCCAAAUUGUGGGAUGUACGCGAACAGGGUCAUAAGCAAAUGUUCUUUGGCCAUGAUAUGGAUGUGUCAUCUGUUUGCUACCAUCCCAGUGGCUUUGGUUUUGCCUCCUGUUCGGAGGAUCAGACGGCACGAAUGUACGAUUUGAGAUCGGAUCAACAAAUUGGACUCUAUGAGCCGCCACAAAAGAACACUGGCUUCACUUCUUGUGCUUUAUCGACCAGUGGACGCUAUAUAAUGUGCGCCGGCAUUGAGGGCAAUGUGCACUCAUGGGAUGCAAUGAAGCAAAGGCACACGGGCACAUUGUCUGGUCACGAGAAUCGCAUCACUUGCAUCAGUCUGUGCCCCAAUGGAAUGUGUUUGGCCUCAACCAGUUGGGAUCAACAGGUUCGCCUGUGGCUCUAAUGUUUAUUUACACAGUUAUAUGUAUCUCCAUUUGGCUCCAUUUCGAGGGCUUUAGCAAUUAAUACUCUCUCCCUCUUUCUCUCUAUCUAUCUAUCUGUUUAAUAACAUUUACGAAUUACUAAAAUUGGUAAAUGAUAAACAUUAGUCAACAAAGAUUUGUAGCUUUGAGAAGAAGCAUCAAUAAAAUGCAUAAUUUCACUCAGCACCGAUUCAACAACA